AUGCUGACACCAACGAUUAUCGUUGCAUAUUAUACUGCAUGGUCCAUUUAUUCACGAGCGUUCUUCAUCGCAGAUAUUCCAGGUGAUAAGAUUACUCAUAUUAAUUACGCGUUUGCGAAUAUUGGUUCGGAUGGACGAAUUGCACUAGGUGAUCCGUGGGCAGAUGUGGAGAAAACAUUUGGAGAUGAUACCUGGGAUCAACCAUUGCGCGGAAAUUUUAACCAAUUGAUUAAAUUGAAAGAGAAAUAUCCUCAUUUACGGACGUUGAUUUCAGUCGGUGGAUGGACGUGGUCUGGAAGAUUUUCGGACAUUGCUUUGACUAGAGCGAGCCGUGAAAACUUUGCUCAAUCCUGCGUGGAAUUCAUCCGAAAGUAUAGUUUUGAUGGUGUUGAUAUUGAUUGGGAAUAUCCUGUAUCUGGUGGCUUGCCAGGAAAUACUCGUCGACCAAUUGAUAAACAAAACUACGUGCUUUUAUUGAAAGAAAUUCGAGAAAAAUUGGACAUCGCUGGCAGAAUAGAUAGAACAACUUAUCUUUUAACUGUUGCAACAGGAGCAAGUACUGAACGGAUCCUUGAUAUGGAUUUGCGAGGAAUGUCUACUUAUCUAGACUGGAUAAAUAUAAUGGCCUACGAUUUUCAUGGUGGUUGGGAAGCUAAGACUGGUCACAAUGCACCAUUGUUUCGAAAUGAUGCUGAAACAACAACAGAUGUUGCUCCGUCAUUCAUUAAAUCGAGAUAUAAUUGUCACGGUGCUAUUCAAGGUUAUAUUGCUGCUGGAGCACCUCGUUCAAAGUUAGUGUUGGGUUUGGGCUUGUAUGGACGCGGUUGGCAAGGUGUAAAGAAAACAGAUAUGAAUGGAUUUUCUCAGCCAGCUUCUUUGCAACCGCCGUCAGGCACAUGGGAAAACGGCGUUUUUGAUUACGAUCAUUUGAAGAAAAGUUAUGUACUCACAUAUACACGUCAUUGGGAUAAUCAAUCGAAAGUUCCUUACCUAUAUAAUUCAACGACAGGUAUAUGGAUCAGUUAUGAUGACCAUCAAUCGAUUGCUAUUAAAGCUGAUUAUAUCAAACGAGAGAAACUCGCUGGUGCAAUGUUUUGGGAGCUGAGUGGUGAUCGUGAUUAUGAUUUAAUUGGUGUUGCACAUAAAGUCCUACACAAUGGCAAGAAGCCAUCAUCGGAAUGUCAUCCACCAGUUGAAACAAACUCAUCAUCUGUACAAAUAUUUUCAAAAAUUCAGAAACCAGUAGUUGAACCAUCGCACGUAAAAACGAUCAAUAGUAAAGCACCGCUUUGGGAAACAAAGAAAGAGUACAACGUCAAUGAUCUAGUUAUCUUCGAAAACGAGCUCUACCGAUGUCGUCAGAGACAUAUGUCAUUACCAGGCUGGACGCCUUUGGUCGUCGCUGCACUUUGGUUACGUAUUUGA